GUUGUGAUAAACUUAUUAAAUAGAAAGAAAAUGACUUCUCUUUUUGCUUGGCUGGAAGUAAUCGAGAAGGAGUUUGACAAAGCGUUCGUGGAUUUAGAUUUGAUCCUAGGCGACAUUGACAGCGAGCAAAUUGAUUUGACAUACGAUGGACGGCAGAAAAUGACAGCUCUCAGUGCUGCAUUUGCCCAAUUGUGUCAUAAAAGCCAAACUAUUUUCCAGAUGAACGCUAAAUUGGAGGCGCAGCUGUUAAAUAUGAGGACAGAUCUAUGUGAAGUGCAGGCAUCUAAAGCAGUUCUUGAAAGCGAAGUUCACCGACAACUACUUAACGUGCAUUCUGUGCAACUAGAACUGGCAACUUUGCAGAGGGGCAGCCAACAAAAUCCUGAUUCACAAGAAAUUAUGCGACGGCUGGAGAGUGAAAUGGACAAAUUCGCUGGUGACAAAAUGCGUGAGUGCCGUCUGGCAGCAGAGCUGGAACAAGUAAAGCAAGAAAAUAGCAACUUAAGACAGUCUCUGUACAGCCUCCACAGUGAAGUGUUCGGAGCAAGAUUGGCUGCUAAAUACCUGGACAAGGAACUUGCUGGAAGAAUCCAGCAGAUCCAGUUAUUGGGCCGUGACUUGCGUGGGAGUGAGCAUGACAAGUUGUGGAACCAGUUGGAGGCUGAGAUCCAUCUGCACAGGCACAAGACUGUCAUACGAGCAUGCAGAGGAAGAGGAGGUGCAAUAACUGCUGGAGGGGGAGGGGCUGGUGUGAACCACGUGGCUAAUGGUCUGCCUGGACCACAUGGGGGUGCUGCGAAUGGAGAUGUGGGUAGCAAUCUGCCAAGACCACAAGACUAUGCCGUGGAUAAAAAACGUCGCGGAAUCGGAGACAUUCGUGUCGUGAAACUGAGACGAGAGCCGACGGAGGGUCUCGGAAUCUCAAUCACCGGGGGCAAAGAACACGGAGUACCCAUUCUUAUUUCGGAGAUCCAUGCCAACUUGCCGGCUGAGAAGUGCAAUCAGCUAUUCGUGGGAGAUGCGAUUCUGUCUGUGAAUGGGAUCAAUCUGAGAGAUGCAAAACACAAUGAUGCUGUGAAUGUGUUGUCGCGCCAGACUGGGGACCUGACUUUCGAGGUGGUGUUCGUUUCUCCCGAGGACUCCGAUGACGAAGACGAACAUGGCAACGUCAACUACUACGACACCGAAAAGGACAGAAUCCUUUACCCGGCCAGCAUAACUGCAGUUUCCCCCUCCGUAAACGGAGCAGCACCCACUCACAACGACGUGAACAAAUUGGACGCCAGCAAUCCCAGUUCCCCGAUGUCAGUCACAGUCCCCACCCAACAAGGAGGGAUAAAUACGUCGGGAACUCCAGGAAGUUCCCAUCCACUAUCCCAAAGAGACCAGAGCGUCGACUCAGUGUCAUCAGUAGGCGCCGUCGGUAGCGGAGCAGUGUCUCUGAGUAUAAAUGUCCCGUCGAAUGGAGGAUACAGUGCCGAAUCGAACAGUAACGAGAAUGGUUCGGCACUGUCGUCGCCAAACCCGACUGGUCGAAAUCCGAAUGCAGCCAACACGAGUGAAAAUGCAGGCAGUAGUAAUAGCACUGGAAGACACAAUCCGCCUCCCGGUUUGAUGUUGCAAAGGAAUAGCACGGAAAGUAGCGGGUUUGAGGCUUAGAUAGAGAAAGUUGCAAAAACGUACCUUAAAGUUGAAAAAUUAUCAAACCACGAUUUGAAAGUCAUCACGAGCCUAUAAUUUUAGUACUUAUGUUGAUAAUGAAAAAGAUUUGGUUUUUGCAACUUGGUUUUAUAGCUUAAAUAUCAAUGAUAAAACUCACUUUUGACAGCACUGGUUGUUUCUGUUAAAGACAAAACUUUCAAUAUAGUUUGAAUCGAAAAAGAGUAAAAAUGUCUUAAUUCACUUCACUUUGGUUGAGCUAAAUAUCUGAUCAAUUUUUAUGGAGAAGUUGUCUGGCGAAAUGUUUGAUUAAAAUUGAUCAACAAUGGGUUAAGUCUCAUCCCACAAGUUUCAAGUGCUAAAUUAUGCUGUCGCUCUCCUUUGCUUUAAAAGAAAAUCUAAUGCUAGUCUAAUAGAAAAAUCGGUUUCGUUUUCUUGCAGUUGAAUAGUUCUUGUAAGUGUAAAAUAAAAACAUCCAUUUUCUUAAAAAUUUAAUCAUUGAUUGUGAUUUCUGCGGAAAAUUUUCGGGAAAAUGAAUGUCGGAAACAAAGAAAAUUUUUGAAUUGGAUAAUUAAAUCAUCAAAAUUUAUUCCAAUUGUACAUUUGCAUCCAUGCAUUGUAGUGUUAAUUGAUUAUCAAAUAAACUAUAAAUGAGUCGACUUAUUUAUUUGUUCGAGUAAUUUUAUUUCCUUUCCUCGUGGAUGGUCAAUUCUGAAUUAUAGAAUGAUAAUUCUCCUCACUUUAAUUUUCAUUUGUGGCGGUGAAUAUUCUGACGACGAUUUAUUUGUAUAUAAAUGCUCAUUUAUAAAUUGUAGAAUAUAAUCA